AUGGACGACUCCGAUGCAGCAGCGCGAUCUGCGCUGCAGAUCGGUGAGUUUCUUAUCGCACUACGAGAUGCACAUUCAAACCUAUCGUGGAAAAUGAGAAUGGACAUCGAAUUCAUUGGUGCAUCGAAUCUGCAGGCGUGCACGGAACUGCAGGCGUGCACGGAUCUGCAGGCGUGCACGGAUCUGCAGGCGUGCACGGAUCUGCAGGCGUGCACGGAUCUGCAGGCGUGCACGGAUCUACAGGCGUGCACGGAUCUGCAGGCGUGCACGGAUCUGCAGGCGUGCACGGAUCUACAGGCGUGCACGGAUCUGCAGGCGUGCACGGAUCAGCAGGCGUGCACGGAUCUGCAGGCGAACUGCACGCGGAGUGAACGCGCCACUGCUGCUGCUGCUGCUUCAGCUUUGUCAAGACACUCCCACGAGGUGAGUGAACGCGCCACUGCUGCUGCUGCUGCUUCAGCUUUGUCAAGACACCCCCACGAGGUGAGUGAACGCGCCACUGCUGCUGCUGCUGCUUCAGCUUUGUCAAGACACCCCCACGAGGUGAGUGAACGCGCCACUGCUGCUGCUGCUGCUUCAGCUUUGUCAAGACACACCCACGAGGUGAGUGAACGCGCCACUGCUGCUGCUGCUGCUUCAGCUUUGUCAAGACACUCCCACGAGGUGAGUGAACACGCCACUGCUGCUGCUGCUGCUUCAGCUUUGUCAAAACACUCCCACGAGGUGAGUGAACGCGCCACUGCUGCUGCUGCUGCUUCAGCUUUGUCAAGACACUCCCACGAGGUGAGUGAACGCGCCACUGCUGCUGCUGCUGCUUCAACUUUGUCAAGACACUCCCACGAGGUGAGUGAACGCGCCACUGCUGCUGCUGCUGCUUCAGCUUUGUCAAGACACCCCCACGAGGUGAGUGAACGCGCUACUGCUGCUGCUGCUGCUUCAGCUUUGUCAAGACACUCCCACGAGGUGAGUGAACGCGCCACUGCUGCUGCUGCUGCUUCAGCUUUGUCAAGACACUCCCACGAGGUGAGUGAACGCGCCACUGCUGCUGCUGCUGCUUCAGCUUUGUCAAGACACUCCCACGAGGUGAGUAAACGCGCCACUGCUGCUGCUGCUGCUUCAGCUUUGUCAAGACACCCCCACGAGGUGAGUGAACGCGCCACUGCUGCUGCUGCUGCUUCAGCUUUGUCAAGACACCCCCACGAAGUGAGUGAACGCGCCACUGCUGCUGCUGCUGCUUCAGCUUUGUCAAGACACUCCCACGAGGUGAGUGAACGCGCCACUGCUUCUGCUGCUGCUUCAGCUUUGUCAAGACACUCCCACGAGGUGAGUGAACGCGCCACUGCUGCUGCUGCUGCUUCAGCUUUGUCAAGACACUCCCACGAGGUGAGUGAACGCGCCACUGCUGCUGCUGCUGCUUCAGCUUUGUCAAGACACCCCCACGAGGUGAGUGAACGCGCCACUGCUGCUGCUGCUGCUUCAGCUUUGUCAAGACACUCCCACGAGGUGAGUGAACGCGCCACUGCUGCUGCUGCUGCUUCAGCUUUGUCAAGACACUCCCACGAGGUGAGUGAACGCGCCACUGCUGCUGCUGCUGCUUCAGCUUUGUCAAGACACUCCCACGAGGUGAGUGAACGCGCCACUGCUGCUGCUGCUGCUUCAGCUUUGUCAAGACACUCCCACGAGGUGAGUGAACGCGCCACUGCUGCUGCUGCUGCUUCAGCUUUGUCAAGACACUCCCACAAGGUGAGUGAACGCGCCACUGCUGCUGCUGCUGCUUCAGCUUUGUCAAGACACUCCCACGAGGUGAGUGAACGCGCCACUGCUGCUGCUGCUGCUUCAGCUUUGUCAAGACACUCCCACGAGGUGAGUGAACGCGCCACUGCUGCUGCUGCUGCUUCAGCUUUGUCAAGACACCCCCACGAGGUGAGUGAACGCGCCACUGCUGCUGCUGCUGCUUCAGCUUUGUCAAGACACUCCCACGAGGUGAGUGAACGCGCCACUGCUGCUGCUGCUGCUUCAGCUUUGUCAAGACACUCCCACGAGGUGAGUGAACGCGCCACUGCUGCUGCUGCUGCUUCAGCUUUGUCAAGACACUCCCACGAGGUGAGUGAACGCGCCACUGCUGCUGCUGCUGCUUCAGCUUUGUCAAGACACUCCCACGAGGUGAGUGAACGCGCCACUGCUGCUGCUGCUGCUUCAGCUUUGUCAAGACACUCCCACAAGGUGAGUGAACGCGCCACUGCUGCUGCUGCUGCUUCAGCUUUGUCAAGACACUCCCACGAGGUGAGUGAACGCGCCACUGCUGCUGCUGCUGCUUCAGCUUUGUCAAGACACUCCCACGAGGUGAGUGAACGCGGCACUGCUGCUGCUGCUGCUUCAGCUUUGUCAAGACACUCCCACGAGGUGAGUGAACGCGCCACUGCUGCUGCUGCUGCUUCAGCUUUGUCAAGACACCCCCACGAGGUGAGUGAACGCGCCACUGCUGCUGCUGCUGCUUCAGCUUUGUCAAGACACUCCCACGAGGUGAGUGAACGCGCCACUGCUGCUGCUGCUGCUUCAGCUUUGUCAAGACACUCCCACGAGGUGAGUGAACGCGCCACUGCUGCUGCUGCUGCUUCAGCUUUGUCAAGACACUCCCACGAGGUGAGUGAACGCGCCACUGCUGCUGCUGCUGCUUCAGCUUUGUCAAGACACUCCCACGAGGUGAGUGAACGCGCCACUGCUGCUGCUGCUGCUUCAGCUUUGUCAAGACACUCCCACAAGGUGAGUGAACGCGCCACUGCUGCUGCUGCUGCUUCAGCUUUGUCAAGACACUCCCACGAGGUGAGUGAACGCGCCACUGCUGCUGCUGCUGCUUCAGCUUUGUCAAGACACUCCCACGAGGUGAGUGAACGCGCCACUGCUGCUGCUGCUGCUUCAGCUUUGUCAAGACACUCCCACGAGGUGAGUGAACGCGCCACUGCUUCUGCUGCUGCUUCAGCUUUGUCAAGACACUCCCACGAGGUGAGUGAACGCGCCACUGCUGCUGCUGCUGCUGCUUCAGCUUUGUCAAGACACUCCCACGAGGUGAGUGAACGCGCCACUGCUGCUGCUGCUGCUUCAGCUUUGUCAAGACACCCCCACGAGGUGAGUGAACGCGCCACUGCUGCUGCUGCUGCUUCAGCUUUGUCAAGACACUCCCACGAGGUGAGUGAACGCGCCACUGCUGCUGCUGCUGCUUCAGUUUUGUCAAGACACUCCCACGAGGUGAGUGAACGCGCCACUGCUGCUGCUGCUGCUUCAGCUUUGUCAAGACACUCCCACGAGGUGAGUGAACGCGCCUUUGCUGCUGUUGCUGCUGCUUCAGCUUUGUCAAGACACUCCCACGAGGUGAGUGAACGCGCCACUGCUGCUGCUGCUGCUUCAGCUUUGUCAAGACACUCCCACGAGGUGAGUGAACGCGCCACUGCUGCUGUUGCUGCUGCUUCAGCUUUGUCAAGACACUCCCACGAGGUGAGUGAACGCGCCACUGCUGCUGCUGCUGCUGCUGCUGCUGCUUCAGCUUUGUCAAGACACUCCCACGAGGUGAGUGAACGCGCCACUGCUGCUGCUCACUACUACCAAAGAAGGGACGGUGAGGAGCACUUGAAUGCUCUACUUCAAGCCUGCCCCAUCUCGCCGGAGAUAUACGAGGAAUUUUCUGCGGAUGACUUUGAGGAAGUCUCGAUCAAUAUUGAGGAGAUCCAGGCGGCCUUUGUAAAAUUGCAACAGCAGGUGGAGGCACAGCAAGGUGCAGAUGCGGAGGAGCGGGACGCGGAGAACGAGGGGCUGCGUAGAGAACACGUUCGGCCCGAUAGUAGAGUCGUCAAGGGAGGUGAGUAG